ACAAGCUUCCAUGUGUGAAUGCUACUUGGCAUGAAUGCCUGGGUUGUACCAAGUCUCCCAGUGGCCAGAGGGGGAGCCCAAGAAAAGCAGAUCAGAACAGAGGCAGACAAUAGGCCCCUAAAGUGCCCCCCCCUAAAGUUGCUUUGAUGUUGUCCUGGUGUCUUCACACCAAGGGCCAGGGAUUGCAAGAGAAAGUGGUCUUCUGGUUUGCAUUGAUUGCUCCCCCCUUUGGGUCUCCUUGCAGAAAAAAGCAUCUCAAGCAAUCCUCCUGUUGAGAAGGAAAAGACCAUGCCGAGUGGAUUCUGGAAUUCAUUUAUGUUGGGAUAGGAAUCUUAAAAAAGUAUCAUUAAAUCUUGAGACCAUCGAUAACAAGUCAGUCUUGAGGAUCAAGUUUGGAGACAAAUGUUGAUCUUUUGCCUGGAAACCUACAUCUGGGGGUGAUGGUGAACUAAUCCGUAAAGGAGUGCUGGUGGCAAAACAAGGAUUGGGCAAGCCUGAAGAUGUGGUAUAUUCCAGAGUACUGACAGGCUUACAGACAUAGAACUGGUAACUGUUUCUCUUAAAAGGAUCCUCCUAGGCUGUCCACUAGGAUGAGUACAGCUGUAUCGUGACCUCAGGGACCUGUGUGCCCUGGCGAUGCACAGCGUUCCCUCUGCAACGAGCGACACAUGUCCGAAGAAUGCUGGAACUGCAGGAGGGGAGAGUCCACUUCAACAAGAGAGAGCGCAACAAAAAGGAAAAAGACGAGCAAAACGACAACACUGACACAAGCAGUUCGCAGAAAGCUCUGAGGAGCCAUUUAAAGACCCCAAGCCCUCCAAAGAACUUGGCAAGCCCCACUGCGUCUGUGACCGCGUGCUCGGGAUCUCUGUCAAUGCAUUCCAGUAACCCCAAAGUCCGCAACUCCCCAUCAGGAAACGCACAGAGCAGCCCAAAAUCGAAGGCGGAGGUUAUGGUACAUCCUCCUUCCGUGAUGUCUCCAUCUGGCAACCCCCAGCUGGACACCAAGUUCUCCAGCCAGGGGAAACAAGGAAGCUCUGCAAGCCAGUCACAAGCAUCCCCUUGUGACCCAAAGAGUGGCAACCACACCCCCAAACCGCUGCCUGGACCUGGAGGCAGCAUGGGACUUAAAAAUGGGGCAGGGAAUGGAGCCAAAGGGAAAGGAAAAAGGGAAAGAAGUAUUUCUUCCGAAUCGUUUGAUCAGAGAGACCCAGGAACUCCCACUACAGACUCGGAAAUGAAAGAGUGCAACACUACAGAUCCGGUGAUGCCCUUAGAGUCCCAUGCCGCACACACCAUGACCCCAUCCAAUACCUCCGUCCCCAGAGCUUCCACUCCUUCACACGGGCCAACAUUGCUAGACUCCGCACCCGAAAGAAAAACGCCAUCAAAAGUGGUCUACGUCUUUUCUACUGAAAUGGCCAAUAAAGCUGCAGAAGCGGUCAUCAAGGGACAGGCCGAAUCCAUUGUUCUCUUCCACAUCCAGAGCACCUCAAACAGCAAAGCUGAACGCACUUCAACUCCUACGAACACUCAAAUAGCUACAAAUAUUAGAAAUGAACCGAAAACACAUCCCAGAGCACCUACUCCACAAGAGCAGAACCAUUCGCAAGCUGCCAAAGUGCAAUCCAAUCAGACUGCUACAGCCCUGCCCUCUAAGACUACAGCUCCCCAUUGUUCACUUGGACAAGACAGUGGGGUUGUGGAAAAUAAAAUCACAGCCAGCAGCCCUGCCAAUUCUAACGUUCUACAAACUGAAGGGUGUGGGCAGAGUUCUACCCCUAACCCUCAAGUUGCCAGUCCUUUAUCACAAGUGAAUGUCCCACCUCCAGUAGAUUCCAAGACAGAGUCAAAACCUGCACCUCCACAGGUGCCAGGUGGGGAUCAACCACCUAUAGGUGAGAAUCCUGAUGGGCUUUCUCAAGAACAAUUAGAGCACAGAGAACGGUCUUUGCAAACACUUAGAGAUAUUCAGCGUAUGCUUUUUCCUGAUGAGAAAGAGUUUGCCAUGAAAGACAUUACAGGCCAAAGUGGGGGACCUCAACCGAACUCUGGAAUGCUGGACAAUCCCCAGAAAAAACUUGAAGGACCUAUACAGGCUAUGGUGGCUCAGUCACAAAAUCUAGGUAAAGGUCCAGGGCCUCAUCCAGAUGGUGGAAUGUCAUUUGGGCCACAGGGACAUAGAGACAUGCCUUUUUCACCAGAGGAUAUGGCUCCACCAAUGAAUCCUCAGCCUGGCCAAGAUCACCUUGACCACAUGACUCCAGAGCAGGUGGCAUGGCUCAAGUUGCAGCAGGAGUUCUACGAGGAGAAAAGACGCAAACAAGAGCAGGCUGUAGUGCAGCAACGUUCUUUGCAGGAUAUGAUGGUACACCAGCAUGGACCUAGAGGCAUGGUCCGUGGUCCUCCGCCCCCUUACCAGAUGAAUCCUGGUGAGAAUUGGGGACCAGGAGGUCCAGAGCCCUUUUCAGAUGGAAUGGGAAUGCCACACCCUAUGCCACCCAAAGGUAUGCCCCCUCAUCCAAAUGUGCCUGGAAGCCAAAUGCAUCGUUUACCUGGAUUUGUUGGAAUGAUGAACCCUGACAUGGAUGGACCUAAUGUUCCAAACCCUGCAUCUAGGGCUGGACUUCCUAGUGUUAAUUGGCCUGAAGAUGUGCCAAAAAUGUCAGAUGGCCGCAACUUUCCUCCUGGUCAAAGUAUAUUCAGUGGCCCAGGGCGAGGUGAGAGAUUUCCAAACCCCCAGGGCAUGUCAGAUGAGCUUUUUCAUCCACAUGUUUCCGAAAAACAACUUGGUGUGCCUCCUGGUAUGAACAUAGAGGGAAUCAGACCUGUUAUGGAAAUGAACCGAGGAAUGGCACCUCAGAGGAAUAUGGAGCCUGGAAGUGGCAUGUUCCCUCGUAUGCCUGGAGAUGCAGCACUGAGUCCCUCGAGGAUGGAAUUCCACAAGGGCAUGCCUCCUAACAUGGGCCCAAAUAGAGAGGUAGAAUUUGCCAUGGGCCCAGGCAACAUGAACAUGAAGGUUGAUAUGAACCUUAAUGUCAACAUGAAUUCUAACCAGCAGUUAAUGUCUCAGAAAAUGAGAGAUGUGGUUAUGGGUCCGGAGGAGAUGAUUAAAAUGAGACAAGGCAGUUCAGAAAUGCUCACCAACCAGCAAAAAAUGCAUUCUGCACCAUUUGAACACUCCCAGCAGGAAUUCGGCAUGAGCGCCAGGUCUUUUCUCAGCAUGCCCCAGGGUCCUGGUGGGGUGUUGAGAAAUCCCAGAGAACAGAUGGGGCCUGAUCAAAGGACUAAUAGCCGACUCAGCCACAUGCCACCUCUACCUCUCAACCCAAACAAUAAUCCAGGCAACCUCAAUGUUGCUCCCCCUGUUCAGCGCAGCAUGGGGCGUAAGCCUUUGGAUAAUGUUUCUGUUUCAGGCAGUCAAGUGAACUCUCCAGGUGUGAAUCCUUUAAAAUCUCCAACAAUGCGCCAGGUUCAGUCUCCAAUGAUGGGCUCCCCGUCUGGUAAUCUUAAAUCCCCUCAGACUCCGUCUCAGUUAGCCGGGAUGCUGACAGGACCAACAGCUGCAGCUGCUGCUUCCAUUAAGUCCCCACCCGUCAUGGGGUCUGCUGCUGCUUCCCCUGUCCACCUGAAGUCUCCGUCCUUACCUGUACCUUCCCCAGGUUGGACGUCUUCUCCUAAGCCUCCAAUGCAAAGUCCAGGAAUACCCCCAAACCAGCACAAGCAGCCCCUUGGCAUCACCUCACCAGCUAUGAUGGGGAAUAUGGAAUCAGGAGGCCCACCUCCAUCAGUCAGCCAGUCUGCUUCGAUAAAUCACCCCGGAAGUCUUCCCUCCAGCACUAGCUACACAAUGCCGCCUGAGCCCACUCUGUCCCAAAACCCUCUAUCCAUUAUGAUGUCUAGGAUGUCAAAGUUUGCCAUGCCUAGUUCCACGCCUCUGUAUCAUGACGCCAUCAAAACGGUGGCUAGUUCAGACGAUGAUUCCCCUCCUGCCCGUUCUCCUAACCUACCAUCUAUGAAUAAUAUGCCAGGCAUGAAUAUGAACCCUCAGAAUCCUAACAAGAUGCCAGGUCCACAUGGAGUUUCCAUGCCAUCACUAAGUCCAAUGGGUAUGACGCAGCCUCUAUCCCAUGGUGGCCAGAUGCCAUCUCCAAAUGCCAUGGGACCCAAUGUACCACCUCAUGGAGGUCCUAUGGGACCAGGGAUGAUGUCGCAUAAUCCAAUGAUGUCACAUGGCCCUCAAGAUCCUCCCAUGGUACCUCAGGGACGCAUGGCUUUUGCUCACGGCUUUCCACAAGUGCAGUCACCUCCUCAAGUUCCUUUUCCACAUAAUGGCCCUAAUGGAGGGCAAGGAAACUUUCAGUCCGGAAUGGGUUUUCCGGUAGAUGGCCCUUUGGGUCGCCCUGGCAACAUGAACCCAAAUACAGACCCAGCACUUUGUAAGUCGGGAUGUCAGCCAGGGCCGGAUUCCUAUAAUGUUAUGGGAAAUAAUAUGCCUUCAGUUUUCACAGACCCUGACCUACAGGAGGUCAUUAGACCAGGGGCGUCUGGAAUCCCUGAGUUUGACCUAUCAAGGAUUAUUCCAUCAGAGAAACCAAGUCAAACACUGCAAUAUUUCCCUCGUGGGGAAGUUCCAGGCAGAAAACCACAACAAGGACCUGGUUUUUCUCACUUGCCUGGUAUGAUGGGAGAGCCAAACCCAAGAAUGGGUCUUCCUAUGCCUGGAAUGGGAGGACCAGGCCCAGUGGUUACAGAUAUGCCCUUAGGUGGUGGUCCAAACAUGCCAGGUCACAAUUCUAUGAGGCCACCAGGCUUUAUGCAGCAAGGCAUGAUUGGACCUCACCAUCGGAUGAUGUCACCAGCACAAUCAGGAAUGCCUGGCCAACUGACUAUGAUGGGAAAUCCAGGUGGGGUGGGUAUGAUGCCAGGAAAGGAAAGAAUGCCUGCAGGACUUUAUAGCCACCCUGGACCUGUGGGAUCUCCUAAUAUGUUGAUGUCAAUGCAGGGGAUGAUGGGACCUCAACAGAACCUCAUGAUUCCCCCACAGAUGCGCCCCAGAGGUAUGCCUACUGAUAUUGGGAUGAGUGGAUUCGGUCAAGGACCAGGUAACCCGGGGAACAUGAUGUUUUAAGCUGCUACGAAUGGACAAAUUUAAAACUUGUACAAGUGAGAUUGUCUCCCGAGAAUUUUUUUAAAAGUAUAAGGAGUCCCGUUUGGCCAUGCAAUAGGUGAAGAAAAGGACCCAAAUGUCAAUUUGGAGGAAACUCAAGAAUGUAUGAAACUAUCUGAGCAUUGCUUUCAUUUAUUCAACAGGUGUUUAGUUCUUCUUUUGUUUUUUGUUUUUUCUUUUCUUUAUUUUUUUUUUUUUUAAGAUUUAUUUUUUAAAAAAAGAAUAAAAAUAUUUUUGUGGACUUGGGUACCCCAUGAUGGCACCUACUUUGGGAAAAAAAAAUAAAAAAAAAUCUGUAGCUGUAUUUUGAAAAUUGCCAUUUGUCAUGAGUUGCACCAUUCUGUAUGUUUACGUCGUUUGGAUUGGCUUCUCCAGGACACUUGGUAACCCUUUUUUUGUGUACUGUACUAUAUUGUAAAAGGGAUUUUAGCAGAGACUCCAGUCUUUGUGUGUGAGAGGAGAUUGAUUCAGUGCUGUUUACUUUAGGUGGAUAAAUCCAUCUUCAGAAUAUUUUUUUUCCUUUUAAACUCCAGUGUAUAGUAAACCAAACUAUGACCUCAUACAGAAAGAGUAUUAUUAAAAAAAAAAGCACAAAAAUUAACUAUGUCCAGUUAGGGGAAUCUCCUUUCUUUAAAUAAAAAAAAUUCUAAAAAUAAAAAAA